UUUAAAUAUCAGUUUAUUCACUUCACACUUCCCUCUUUGUUUGGCCAGCCAAGAGCACACAGCGAGAGAGAGAGAGCAAGAGAGAUUUCUGCGAGAGGUUUCUCCAAACAGUGCCCGAGUACAAGAUUUUAUGUCGUCUAGGUUUGAUUUGGCAGUGAUUGGAGCUCCGUUGAAGCUCUGUGUUUUGUCUGCUACCUUGCUCUUCUUGUUCUCUGUGUGCUCUGCUAUCCGCUGUAUGCUUCUCUGUUCUUCGAGGCAGAGGUUGAAUCUGGUGUACCCAACGGCUUCGAUGCGUUUGAGACCCAAAAGGACUUGUUCUGGAGUUGAGUGUUUCGGAGGCUUUCACAAUAUAAGAUUCUCACACCUUUUCAUAUUUCUGAGAGGGGAUCUCACUUGAUAUUUGUUAUCUCUUUGUUGGGUUUUCCAUUUUUGUUCUCUCUCUUGAAUUUGUUUUGAUUUCCUUCGCAAUUUUCCGGGUAUUUUGAGGGGUUUUUGGUGGGUUUUCCCAAAUUUUUGUCUCCACCAUGCUCCAACCUCGGAAUCAGCCGUCGAAUCAGACGAUGAACAUCAACAAUCUCUGCAAAAAGAUGAAGCAUAAGCAAAACCCCAUUCCAUCGAGAAAGCUUCGCAUAAUCUGUGACGACCCUUACGCCACAGAUUCGUCUUCCAGCGAAGACGAAGGAGAAGGACGUUUCGAAAGGCGGCCGAGAAAGAUGAAGCGAAUCGUUCGU